AUGCGUUGUAUCAGGGCUUCAUCGGCCGUCCGCGUGGCCUCCAAGCCAAGCAGCUUCAUCUCACUAUCUUCUCCAGUUGCUUCAUCUCGUAGAGUUCUUUCUACAACAUCAUCCACACUUUUGUCCUGGCCUACCUCCCACACCAAAAUCGCCAAUCCUUCACCAACUCAUAACUUCAUCGAUAACACCUUCAAAUCGUCAUCAGCCAGCAACUGGAUCGACGUCCACGACCCAGCCACGAACAACGUCGUGACACGCGUACCAGAGAGCACGGAUGAGGAACUUAAGGCCGCGGUCGAGAGUGCCCAGCGCGCGUUUCCAGAUUGGAAGGCGACGAGCAUUCUGAAACGCCAACAAAUCAUGUUCAACUUCGUAAACUUGAUUCGAAGAGAUUGGGAUCGGCUUGCCGCUUCAAUCACGCUUGAGCAAGGCAAAACUUUCGCUGAUGCGCGAGGGGACGUUCUACGCGGCUUACAAGUCGCUGAGACGGCGUGUGGCAUUACUACACAGAUCACUGGCGAUGUCCUUGAGGUAGCCAAGGAUAUGGAGACACGGAGUUAUCGCGAGCCUCUUGGUGUUGUUGCUGCUAUUUGCCCUUUCAACUUCCCUGCUAUGAUUCCUCUAUGGUCGAUUCCAAUUGCUACGAUUACUGGCAACACUCUGGUUCUCAAACCAUCCGAAAGAGAUCCCGGCGCUGCUAUGAUUCUCGCAGAACUAGCCAAGGAAGCUGGCUUCCCCGACGGUGUUAUCAACAUCAUUCACGGCACGCACCGCGCAGUCAACUUUAUCCUCGACGAGCCAGCAAUCAAGGCUGUUAGCUUUGUCGGUGGCAACAAGGCUGGCAAAUACAUCUACACUCGUGGAUCAGCCAACGGGAAGAGAGUGCAAGCUAAUCUUGGCGCGAAAAACCAUGCUGUUGUUCUUCCCGACAGCAACAAACAACGGACCAUCGACGCGAUUUCCGGCGCUGCAUUUGGUGCAGCGGGUCAGCGGUGCAUGGCACUCUCUGCCCUGGUUCUUACUGGUCGUGAGACACAUUCCUGGGUUGAUGACCUUGUUGAAAACGCAAAACAGCUCAAGGUUGAUGGAGGUUUCGAAGACGGCGCUGACUUGGGCCCCGUAAUUAGUCCUCAGAGUCUUGCCCGGAUAGAAGCUCUUAUCGAGAGUGCGGAACAAGAAGGCGCUAAGAUUGUGCUGGAUGGCCGCGGCUACCGCCCUAACAAGUAUCCUAAUGGCAAUUUCUUGGGUCCUACAAUCAUUACUGGCGUCAAGCCUCACAUGAGGUGCUACAGGGAGGAGAUAUUUGGGCCUGUGUUGGUGUGUCUCGAGGCCGAGACCUUGGCUGAAGCUACUCAACUUGUCAACGACAAUCCUUACGGCAAUGGUGUCGCUCUUUUCACCAACUCAGGAGCAGCUGCCUCUUGGUUCCAGAAGAACGUUGAGGCUGGACAGCUCGGCAUAAAUGUUCCGAUCCCAGUGCCUCUGCCCAUGUUUAGCUUCACAGGAAACAAGGCAAGCAUCGCCGGCGGUGGUGUCAACACAUUCUACGGCAAGGCUGGUCUGAACUUCUACUUGCAGACAAAAACAGUCACAAGCCUCUGGAAGCUAGAAGAUGAGGAGGCUAGUAAUGCAAGCGUGGUGAUGCCAACCCAAAACUAG